CGGCGCCGCGCGCAGCCCGGGCCCCCGCCCGCGCGGCGCCGCGCACGCCCCUUCCCGGCCUCCCCCGCGCGCCGAGCUAGGGCCGGGCGGGCCGUCUGGGGCCCAGAGCCUUGGAGCGAGGUACCUUCCGCUUCCUCGGGCCGGGGUCCCGGGAGCGCCAUGGAGCCUCGGGCGGUAGUGGAUGCUAUAGAGACGGGGGAGGAGGACGUGGUUAUGGAGGCUCUGCGCGCCUACAACCGGGAGAACUCCCAGAGCUUCACGUUUGACGAUGCCCAACAGGAGGACAGGAAGAGACUGGCGGAGCUGCUGGUCUCAGUCCUGGAGCAGGGCUUGUCACCUUCCCGCCGAGUCAUCUGGCUGCAGAGCAUCCGCAUCCUGUCGAGGGACCGCAGCUGCCUGGACUCGUUCACCAGCCGCCAGAGCCUGCAAGCGCUUGCCUGCUAUGCUGGCAUCUCUGCUUCGAAGGGGUCGUGUCCUGAGACUCUGGACAUGGAUGUUGUGCUCGAGUCCCUUAAGUGCCUGUGCAACCUCGUGCUGAGCAGCUCCGUGGCACAGGUGCUCGCCGCAGAGGCGGGGCUAGUGGUGAGGCUCGCAGAGCGAGUGAGACUGUACCGCCAGAGCAGCUUCCCGCAUGACGUCCAGUUCUUUGACUUGCGCCUCCUCUUCUUGCUAACGGCGCUUCGCACUGAUGUGCGCAGGCAGCUGUUUGAGGAGCUGCAGGGAGUGCACCUGCUGACCGAGGCACUGGAGCUGACGCUGGGAAUGACCCCUGGAGAGGGACCCCCGGAACUCCUUCCUUCCCAGGAGACCGAACGGGCCAUGGAGAUCCUCAAAGUGCUUUUCAACAUCACCUUCGACUCCAUCAAGAGGGAGGUGGAUGAGGAAGACACUGCACUUUACCGGCACCUGGGGACCCUGCUGCGGCACUGUGUGAUGGUCACUGCUGCUGGAGACCGCACAGAGGAGUUCCACGGCCACACAGUGAACCUCCUGGGGAACUUGCCCCUCAAGUGUCUGGAUGUCCUUCUCACCCUGGAGCCACACGAAGGCUCCCUGGAGUUCCUGGGAGUGAACAUGGAUGUGAUUCAUGCCCUCCUCAGUUUCCUGGAGAAGCGUCUGCACCAGACGCACAGGCUGAAGGAGAGCGUGGCCCCUGUGCUGAGCGUGCUGACGGAGUGUGCCCGCAUGCACCGCCCUGCCAGGAAGUUCCUAAAGGCCCAGGUGCUGCCCCCGCUGCGGGAUGUGAGAACCCGGCCGGAGGUGGGGGAGUUGUUGCGGAACAAGCUGGUUCGCCUCAUGACGCACUUGGACACCGACGUGAAGAGGGUGGCCGCCGAGUUCCUCUUCGUCUUGUGCUCUGAAAGCGUGCCCCGAUUCAUCAAGUACACAGGCUACGGGAAUGCCGCCGGCCUCCUGGCUGCUAGGGGCCUCAUGGCAGGGGGUCGGCCUGAGGGCCAGUACUCAGAGGAUGAGGACACAGACACAGACGAGUACAAGGAAGCCAAGGCCAGCAUAAACCCCGUGACUGGGAGGGUGGAGGAGAAGCCACCCAACCCCAUGGAGGGCAUGACAGAGGAGCAGAAGGAGCACGAGGCCAUGAAGCUGGUGAACAUGUUUGACAAGCUUUCCAGGCACAGAGUCAUCCAGCCCAUGGGGAUGAGUCCCCGGGGUCAGCUUACAUCCCUGCAGGAUGCCAUGUGUGAGACCAUGGAGGGGCAGCUCUCCUCGGACCCUGACUCGGACCCUGACUGAGAACGGCCACUCUUCUGCUCUUCAGAACUGGUGCUGCCUCCACGGAUGCCCUUGGGGCUGGGACCUGCGGAAGCCACAUCUCUCCCUCCAGCUCGGAGACCCUUUUCCCUCUCCUCCAAAAGUUCUGCUUACGAUUUGCCUUUGGUCCGUUUCCUCCUCUCUAGGAUUGCGAGGGUCUUGUCGUGCUCUAACUCUAAGUGGUGUCUUUUCGGUACCUGAGGGCAGGGCUUCACUGAAGGCAAAACCCAGCGUUUGUGAGAGUGGGCGCUGAGAAUGGGCGCAUGCAGACACAAGCACGUCCACGGUUGGCAUGCUGGCCCAGAGCCGGUGCUGGGCAAGUGCCACGUUGGGAAAGACCCUGCUGGAACUUCAUGUGCUGAUGUCAGAAAUCUACUUCCCGUGUACGCUCGGCUGUUUUUGUGCCUGCUGAGUGCAGGGCUCGUAGCCUCUUGUAUUCUCGGUCCCGGCUCAGUGCCCAGGUUCUCACUGGCUGUGACGAAUUCUGACCCUUCCUGCUGGCUUAGACUAUAAAUACAUGAAGGAAAAUGUCCCCCCUUGAAACCAUAAGUCUAAAUUUCUAUCUUGCACCACAGAGCUCCAUGGAAACAUCAUUCUGGAAUAAAGAGUUCCAGGCAAGAA